UUUAAGAAUUAGAUCUAGAUCUAUAUAGAUCUAGAUUCUAGUUCUAAAUCUAGAUCUAGAUAUAAAGAUCUAUAACUCAGUUCAAUAUUUGAUUCGCAAAUAAAACUCUUCAAAGUGAAGUAAAACAAGUGUAGCAAAGAAAGUUUUGCUGAUUGCUUCCUUUCACAUUUGUUGCAUCAUGGGAUAUGAAAGAGUUGGAACAUGGAAGCAGUUUCUUCACUGGGGACCUGGGAUUGCUUUGUCCAUAAUUUUCACCAUCAGCUGGGUAGCCAUACGGUGCCAUGUGAUGUGGUGGCCACCCCACCACAGUUUGGCAGCUUUUGUCAAUUUUACCAGCUUUAUCUUAUGGGUGACCUUAACCUUGUACAACUAUUUUGCCGCCUGUGUCAAGGGGCCAGGCUUUGUGCCUUUAAAAUGGAGACCAAAAAACCCAGAACAUGUCAGGUAUCUCCAGUUCUGUGAAGCAUGUGAAGGAUACAAAGCACCCAGGUCACAUCAUUGUAGAAAAUGUGGCAGGUGUGUGAUGAAAAUGGACCAUCACUGUCCUUGGAUCAACACUUGCUGUGGUCACUUCAAUCAUGCCAACUUUUGUAUGUUCCUGUUCUUUGCACCUAUUGGCUGUCUGCAUGCACUAUUUAUUCUCAUCCCAUCAAUAUACAGAGCCUUGAAUUUUCAUCAUUAUUACUACAAGUUUCCCAGUGAACCAAUCGUCUAUCUGGGAGUUGUUGGAUUUGUGGUCACCAUGUUUGCUGUGGGUCUGGCCAUUGGGGUGAUAGUAGCAGUUGGAAUGUUGUUCUAUAUACAGAUACGCAGUAUAUUGAAAAAUGAAACGGGCAUUGAGUCUUGGAUUAUAGAUAAGGCUGUAAACAGAGACAGGGAAGAGGAGGAAGAAGAUUUUGUCUAUCCUUACAAUUUAGGCUGGAAGGCCAACUUGAAGCAAGUGUUCACCUUCACUGGACGACCCAAGUCCACUGGUUUCAAGUGGGAUGUAGCUGAGGGUUGUGAUCAAUUUACUCUCACUAAAGAGCAGAUCAUUCAAAAGAGAGAUAAAAGAGACAGAUCUCUGGACUUCAUGGUUAUAGAGAGAUACACUGGCUCUCUUUUCCCUAUAACCAAAGGCUGCAAGGUCGGCUGUUGUGUGCCUUGUAGUGAUGAGCCGAGACUUCCUGUAGAAGUUGGAGAAAAGGUCACGGUCACAAGAUGGAAAAAGCGAUGGCUAUAUGGAUGUAAAGUUGUCACAGAGUCAGUUAAUGGAAAGAAAACUACUGUCAAAAGACUAAGAGGAUGGUUCCCCAGGAAAUGUGCAAUAGAAUAUGUAGAUGACAACAUGAAUGACAAAAAAGAAUCCUAACCAAUAUUUCAAAACAUUUUUUUUUGUUAUACAAACAUUUUAUUCCAAGCCUUUUAAUAUCUUUAAAUGCAAUUUCUUGCAUAUUUUUUUUUUUUAAAUUGGCUGUUUUAUUUUUUUUUUUGUUUUGUUUUCAUGAGAUUUGAUUAUUUUCAUGCUUGUCUUUCUGUUUGUAGACAUUUUUUUUUUUUGCUUUGUUAUCACCUUCAACCAUCUGCUUGAAUUAUAUCAUCAUUAUUUAUUACAACUAGUUUUGUUUUCACUUUUAAAACAUGAUUUAUCAGAGUUAAGUGACAAACAAAGAGACUUGUAUAAACAGAAAUGAUAGAUGGGCAGACAACUUUCAUGGGAGUGAACCUGAGAACUUAUCAAGAGCUUGAUGGGAAGUCUGUGCACAGUCUGACCAUCUCAGUUUGCUAUUCUAUCAUUCCUGUUUACACAACAAAGACUGUACACUAAACUAUGCUUGUUAAAUAAUCUUUUGUCGUUUUAACAUUUUAUAUUAAUAUUUAUUAAACUAAGAACUAUUCUUUGUAAUGUUGUUUUUUUAAACGCUAUUCAACAAAGCUUUUUCAGUUUGUAGACUUUUUUUUUUCUACUGUAAAUAGUUUUGAGUACAAACUUAAGUACCCAUAUGGAUUACUGGUACAUUAGACAACAUUGACAAAUAUUUGUUGGCUGUGUUGAUUGACUCUCAGAAUAGUUUUCUUUGUUCAUGUAAUGUUCCAAUGAAAAAUGAGUGUAAGAAAAGGCUAUUACGAAUUUUGACAUUUAUAUUUGCAGUAUGCAAUGGGCAGCUCAGCUAUUUUGAAACUUAUUUAGAACUUGUAAAAGUCUGUUAGUCACAUAAUUUCAGAAGGAUGAUAUGAAACUUUGUAUUUUUUGUUUUAUCACUGAUCUAUUUCUUUUGUUUUUCCAAAUCAUACUGCUGUGCUUUGCAUCAAUUUUAUUUGUAGCCUGUCUUGAAGUUGUUAGUAUGUGGGUGAUGUAACCCUUGAGCUUGCUCAGUGAGUUACUUGGAUUUACUUAGCCAGACAUGUGACAUUUCAGUUUUGUUUCCAUUGAUGAAUUGUUUAAUCUACUACUGAAUCAGAAACCCAAGUAGUAACGAACCAUGCUGAGAAUUACUCCCUUAGAGCAUGGAAGAGGAAACGGGCAGUGAGUUUUAUGGUCACUUUGUCCCGUACAAGGACAGACCUAAUGCCGAACAUGGACCAGUAUUCUCUCUCUCUUCCAGUCUGGUCUACUCAACUACCUAUGUAGCUUUCGGCCCAUAUCGGAAGCAUCCCAACUGUUGAGCCAAUGUGCCAACAAACAGGUGUUGGCUAGGGGUCGUACACUUGCCAGAGUGCACGGUUCAUCAUCUAUGGUGCUCGCUCCCGCCGCGGACUUCGCUUAAAAAGUCAGCCCUCUGAUGACUGACUAGACCACAACUGCUACCAGACUAACUUGUAGGUUACAAUUUCUAUGUCCUGAUGAUGUCUUUCUUCUUUGUUAUGUAUUGAACAUGCAUAUGAUUUAGGUGUAUAAUGUUUUGAAUGAUAAGCUUGCAUUUCUAUUUUUUAAAAAACUCUUACAUUUUCAUACAUAUUGUCACUUAGGAAAAGUUCUUCUUUCUUCUGCUUUCUCAUUAUCUUGUAUGUAGGUUCAGAUAACUAGUAAGAGUGGCUUCCUGACCUACGCAGUUCUCCAGCUAGUUGUCUUCUCUAGGGUAUUUGGGGACCAGUAUCCAUUCAAGCCUCUCAAUUGCAGCUUCAUGGCAUUUUCUGGUAACACUCUACACCAGUGAUGCUCAACCUAAUUCGACCUGCGGGCCAUUUUAACUUUCGAAACGCGUGUCGCGGGCCACAUCAACAAAAAGGUACGAAAAAUGAAAUCAAAAUUCACCUGAAACUAUUUGAAACUAUUGUUUCUGGUAUUUACAUUUAUUAAUGGGAUAGUUAAAGUCUAUAUUUUUUUAAGCAUCUUAAAAUGGUUUCAUUUCUCUACUUAAAAUGUGAGCAACAUUGUAGCUAACUUUAUUACCAACUUAUUUUCUUGUCUCUUUUCGGUAAAUAUUCUCAUCGGUCCUCCAAUCUCUAGGCGUAGUUUAACCAAGACGCGGCUCAAACCAAGAAGGCCGCCAUAUUUAUUUUAUAAUACCGCUGUACAUGUUUUUUUUUUGUUUGAAACGGUUACUAUAUGUGGUCAAACGUGACACACGGUCAAGUGUUGGGUAUCGGAGAGUUAGGGGACUUGCGGGAAGUGACGAGUGUGUUGAAAAUAUUCAGAAGGAAGUCAUCUAGUGGAGUUAGUUAUCUGUAGAUAAUGUUAGCCUUGUAAAUAGGUUAUGUUUGAAUGCUUCACAAUAAAAGGCAGAUUAAACUUAAAAAGGACUUGUUUCUUCACAACGGGCUUCACAAUAAAAGGCAGAUUAAACUUAAAAAGAACUUGUUUCUUCACAACGGGCGACCCCAACGAGAUUUCUUUACAAAACAAAUAUGUUGGCUUAUUAUCAUGUUCCACAAAAAAAAAAAAAGAUCCAUUCCCUUUUCCUGGUAGAUUCUACAUUCAGAGUUCCAUUUCAUAAACUCAUGAUUGCACACUCGUUAAAGGUCAUGUAUUAAUCCAUCACAGAAAAGUGAGGGCCCUAACGAAGGUAAAAAUACAUAUACAACUAUUUUAAGAGGGGAAGAUUAUCUACUUUUUGUGCCGACGUUUCGGCGGGCCGGAUAGAACCACAUCGCGGGCCGGUUCUGGCCCGCGGGCCGUACUUUGGGCAUCACUGCUCUACACCAAUUGAAGUUCAUAUGGGUGAAACUUCGCAAGGUUAUAUUCCCCUUGGGAAAAAAACAAAUUAAUAGAAAAAAAGAAAGUUGUAUUUCUAUCAAAUUUUGUUGUUUUUUUUUUAAGUUAUUUUUGUUAAAAAAAUCUUGUCAUAGUUAUAAUAUUUUAAAGGGAAUUUUCAGAACAUUAAAUGUAAUUAAUUUACAUUAAUGUAAUUUUAAAACCAAAAAAGUACUCAGUGGUAGCCACAUCACACCCUUAUCAAAUUUUAGAUGCAUAGACAAAUGAGUUUUGCAUCUUCGCCAUGAAUUACAAGGUUUCAAUUUUAUUGUUACAGGCAUGUUAAAGUUUGUUUUUUCUUCCUGACGAGUCUUUUGUUCUUUUCAUGUUACUUACUUUGUUUAAGGAGAAAGACUCUGCAAAUGUAAAAAGUUUUGCAUUCUUUUAAUCAAUAAUGUUCAAUGAUAACAGCACUUACAUUUGUUUUAAAAAGUCGACAACUCCUGUUUAAUGAAUAGUUUUGUGCCAACUGAAUUUUUAUUUUAUAACCUCAGUGAGUGUCUAGGUUGCAUCCUAUUUUGAUCCUUCACCAGCGGUAAGGAUGUUACCCAGAGGCCAGGAGUUGAGAUGGCUCUUCACCGAUCACUCUGUCCAAUAUCCUCAUCAACUAGAUGAUUUAAUUUCAUCCGUUGUUGUAAGAUAGGCUCCUUGAGCCACUCCUUGGGUUUCCCCAUCCCACAGCCAAGAGUAUAAUCAAAUUUAAAAUUUCGUGACUAACUAUAUUUACAUAUUAUUGUAUGAAUGAUGAAUACAGCACUUUAUUAACUUAAGUAGACUAAUGAGAGGUUCAGCAAAAUCAAAAAUAAGAAUCUGGGUCUCUGAUAUAGGCUGAAAAAUACAUUGGCUGUAAAAAUCUCUGGAUUUUCUGGGCUGCCUUAUCAUCACUUAGAGGUGCCCUAACGAUCAUGAAAUUAAAAAUUGCAGUCUUCACCAGGAUUCAAAUCCUGAACCCUCUGGUUUGGAAGCCAAGUCCUUGGCCACUGCGCCUAUUUUUUUUUUAGUAAUUUAACACAUUUUGUAUUUGUUUGGUUUUACAAACAAUAAGGUAGAUGAUAUUUAAUUUCAUUGUUAUUCUAAUUAUAUUCAGUUACUAGAUGUAAUUGUUAGGGUUUGUGUCUGCAUUUUUUACAGUUGGACAUGUUGCUCCUCUAAAACUGCUGUCUUAGAAUCUUGUGGAUGAGACUAUGUGAGUAUGUGUAAUAGUGUCACUAAUGAUUAUGAUAACAUAGAUUAAGUCAUAAGAAAAUAGUGUCACUAAUGAUUAUGAUUACAUAGAUUAAGUCAUCAGAAAGUGGCAUUCUCUCAUGGGCACAGAUAUUUAUUGUUAUAAAAUAGUUUUACAUUUUAGAAAAUGCCUUAACCAGUUGUUUUUUCUAAAAAGUUAAUUUACUACAAUUAAAAUGGUUUACAUUGAUGAUAAAUUUUUUUUUAAUUUUUUUUUGCAUUUCUAUCAUUUGUUGUUUUUGUGAUAUUAUGAAAUGAGGAUCAAGGUGUGAGAUUGAAAGGCUACUUCUGAAUUACAAAUUUCUUUGUAUUGUAGGUGCCAUGACAUUUGUUUAUAAGCUUUGUUUUUUAAUCAUCGCAUAGGUUUUGAACUUAGCAUGAUGAAAGAUUUGAAAAAAAAAAAAAAAUUAAUUUGUAAAUAAUACCAGCACAUUUUUACUUUUAAAAUCACUGUUUGUAAAGCUUUUUAUGUGCUAAUUUUAAUUUACUCUUGGCCCCUUCUUUAUUUUCUUGAAAUUACCAUUUUAAUUUAGUCUUAUUUAAAAUCAGUUUAUCUAUAAAGACUUCGUUAAAAGUUUCAUUAAACCAGGUAUAUUACAAUAAUGCUGGUAAAGCAAGUCAACAUGAUUGAACUGUUUCAAAAUAUUUAGAAUGAAGGUACAGGUACGAUGAGUUUCAACAUUGCCGCUUUUUGUCACUUAUUAACAUUCAAGUUCAAGGUCUUGUGUAUUGUUGUAGGAGGGGAACCUUCAAUACGUGUGUUUUCAGCCAUUACACUCUGUAUGUUUACUUAUGAUUCUGCUAGAUUCAACUAUUUCUAUGUGAAUCAUGCCACACAUUUGCUUAUGUCUACUUAAAUGCUAAAAUUGUAUUGUCUUCAUUAACAUAUGAACAAAAUAAAAUGAAUUAUUUUCCUGAA